AUGGGGAUGUCAAUUGUUCAGGGGAACAAAAUGAAAAUAGUUGAAAUCAAUGUCGCGAUUAUGAGAGACCUUGGUUUAUGCAAAAGGGUGUGGUACAGUUUCACUAAUAAAGGCGGCACCCUCAGCUAUUAUGCAAAGAGCAAACAUAGGCUAGCCUUUGUACUUCUGGUGAAGAUAGAGCUGAGAAAGGAGAAACGUAAGGUUGUGAAUGGUGGGAAAGCAAAUAUGACUUGCUUCAAACAAGCUUCAAAAAAGUUUGGAUGUGAUGAGAAGCAGCCAAAGCUUCGUUUGAUUGCUGAUGAGAACAGUAGGGGUUUUCCAAAUGCAAAGAAUAAUGGAAUGACCGAUACACGUUGUGAAAGCAAGCGCGAAAUGAAAGCUCCAAGUUUGGUUGCUAGGCUCAUGUGCUUGGAAUCGAUGCCAGCAGGAUCAGGCAGUAAGCCCCAAAAGGCUUCAGCUUCUGAAACUUGGAGCAAUGUGGCAGACAAACUUGGGGCUCUACUUGGCGGAUCUGAUAAAGAAGAUAUGAAUUUUGAGAUGGCCGAAAUAAAGAGUUCAGAACCAGGUUUGCAAAGGUUUAGAGCUAAAUGUGCUCUCACUUAUCCUACUAGAUAUUUUUCUCCUUUGGAAGAUGAAGCAGAUUUAGUUGGGAAUUCACUUGAUCACCAUUCAACUGACAGCUACCUCUCCAGCAGUCCCAAUAGUGGCUCAAAGGACAAAGUGCUUGCUGAAUCAGUGGACUCUGUUGAUGAUGAACCACUCUUUCCAAAACCUGAUAGAGAUCUUUCGGAUUGUGAGACCUCAUUAUCCACCAGGAGGAGUUGCAGAGAAAGCAACUCUGCAUCCCUCUAUUAUGUGAUAAGAAAGUAA